AUGCCUGACGCACCGACGACGCAAAACCCGGCUGGACCGAGAUCUACGCCGACAGGCUCAAAUGCCGAGGGCAUGGGUCGUGAAAAUGAUGAGCUAGACAACACUGAAGCCGGCGGCGGUCGGUCCAAUCGUAAACGACAGCGACAGCAUCCUAAGGCACCAGUCACGCACCAAUGCGGGAUCUGUCAACGGACAUAUGAGCGUGCAGACAGGCUAAGCCGCCAUCUAAUGACUCAUGAGAACGCACGGCGUUAUCUAUGCCAACGAUGCCAGAAGAGCUUCAAUAGAGCAGACCUUCUGACUCGACACAUGACAACGCACAACCGAAACAAUGAUGGGUCAGGCCUUGAUCAUGGCACCAUUAACCGUACCGACCGGGUAGGCCAGGCAUGCCUUGCAUGUGCAGCCGCAAAAGCCCGCUGUGAGAACAACAAGCCAUGCCGACGCUGCCAGAGUAAGGACAUCACGUGCGAGGUGCCCAACCUGACAUCGAAAAAUGCGCUGUGGCAGAUGUCUAAUAACGGAGCGUCCCAAAGCCGCUCUCCUGAUAUAUUGGACCGGGAUAGUGGUAUAACAGCAACGCAGCCGCUUCCAUCGAGGAGACGACAGCAGCAACCGCGGUUACAACAACGACAUCGGCCACAACAACAGCCACAGGGAGAGGAAGAAGAAGAGGGCGAGGGUGAAGAUGGGGACGAGGAAGAAGGGCACCAAUACGAAGAUAAUGGCCAAGAGCUAUAUCAACAGCCGCAGAUACAGCAUUCUGUCAAUGGCGCUUUCGCGAUUGACGAGCAACCAACUGGGCUCUUUAACGCAAGCCAAAGCUCUAACAUUCGCGCCAACCAGCUUCAAAUCAAUAAUGGUACCACGAACCAUGAAGUUGCUCCUCAAACAUGGGUUGAAACCGCAACUGAUCAGGUAGAGACAUACGUCAUGCAUUCUAUGUCUGUGGGUGAGAACCAGCUCGUCUUCGACAAUAUCAUGAAUGAGGUUCAGUUUAUGCCUUACAUAGUUGAUUUCAAUAAUCAGAACCUUGAUACUGAACUCUUUAACUUUACUUUUCAAGAAACACAACUGGGUACAUUUCCAGCUCCGCCAAUUAUAGAGGAUAAUAAUAACGAAUCUGUGGACGACGAAACAUCAGGACGAUCCCCACGGCUGACUCGUGACGUCCGUGCCGGCUACGCUGCUUUCAAACGCUCGCCGUGGCUUUGGACGCCACGGCAACUAGACCGUGCCCUUCAGGAUGGAGAAAACUUAACGCUGGAUGAGGACAGCAUGUCGUCUGCACUAACCCCGAACUCUUCGGGCCUAGCGCCUAACGUUCCAAGCUGUGGCUUCCCUACAAUCAAAUCGGGAAUUCGUGAUAAGAUGUUUUAUUUGGUCGCGACGAUGGACAAAUAUACUAACCGCAUUCCUGAUUUUCCCUCUGUGGAUGUUAUUAAUCACGUCGUGGAAGCCUUUUUCGUUCGGCAAACUUAUCAAGUAGAUAACUGGAUUCACAUACCAAGUGUGUUAGAAUUUAUCCCCGAACUAGGGUUGGCAAUGGUGGUUGCUGGUUCAGCCGUUAUCGCGGUGCCCGCAAUAUGGAAGAUGGGCCUUGUUCUCCAGGACGUCAUCCGAGUUAAGCUUGGAGAGAUGUGGGAACGGCAGAAUAGUGCUACACGAAGCCUACAGCCACUGCAGGCGUGGAUGCUUUCAUUAGAUGCGGGACUAUGGAGUGGAUUCCAAAGGCAAAUGGAACUCGCCGAGAGUUUUGAGCAAACCUUGAUCACAAUGAUGCGUCGUGGUGGUAUGUUUGGAUCGACGGCUGACACACAAAGUCUCAUACCUCACGAAUCAGAUGAGGGGAAAGUUCUCGAAACAAAGUGGAAGAAAUGGAUACAACUAGAGUCGUUCAAAAGACUAUCUAUACAUUUAUUUCUACAUGAUACUCGGGCAUCGAUUGCCCUUCAAAAAAAUCCGCUGAUCUCAAUCACGGAAAUUACAAUCUCAUUGCCAACCGCUCGGAUCUUCUACCUUGCUGGCUCCGCUACAGAGUGGAAAUCUUGUUUUCUCGAGCAAAGAGUUCCUCCGCUGGCGCAAGCGUCAAUUCAACUAAUUGACGUGAUGCACGAUAUGAGCGUACUGGACAACCUCCACUCAGAAAUCGACGUUGCUCUCUGCUACACAGCCGCAACUCACGGCUUCUGGGGCCAAAUCUGGGCAUUUCGCGAAUCUUGGAAGUUUUAUAAUGUUGACGUAGAUAAAGAUUCGGUGCAUCGUCUAUGGCUUAUGACACAGCAGCGCGAACUCUACCAACAAGUUAAGAUCUUUGAGGAAGCUCUGGUCGCCAAGCCAAUUCCGCAAUGCGAGCUACUCGUAAUAAUUGAGCUCCUUCUCAUGAUCCUUCACGUUUCAGCUGAGGAACUCACGCGCUUUGCUGGCAAGUAUGGCGAGGAAGCAGCAUCGAGGGCAUUCGUGAGCCUAGACAAGUGGUCUGCUACGGAGCAAGCAAGAAAGGCAGUAUGGCAUGCGGGGCAGGUAUUACGUUGGGCAGCAGUAAUGCCUCCUGCUGAGCUGCGGGAUUUCUAUGCCAUCGCUGUUUAUUUUGCCAGUCUGGCGCUAUGGGCAUUUGGGCACGUGUCAGCCUCUAAAGACCACACAAAUGACCCGGUAAAUCGACAUACCCCGGCCUCUCUGGAUUCUACUAGCAAAAGCACCUUUGUCGUUCUUAACAGCGAUGAGACCUCUAAUGCUCGCUUAUUCAUUGCUGGUCGUCAAAUCACGCCAGUCCUGGCAGCCGUGGUAUUCAACUGGCACUCGAAACGGCCAGAGGCUCAAGACGGCGCACUCAUUCAAUUAGACGAUCCAAACGCUGUUCUGCAGAUGGCUCGGGACUUGUAUCGAAAUAAUUUCCCGUUCAAGGGCGAGCCCUUGCCGCCGCUGGUUGAGAACAUUGGGAACUUGAUGAGAGACCUUGGCAGUUUGCCUCAAAAUCGAUUUUCACGAUGUGUAAGCCCAAUGGAAUGA